GUCAGCAGCAUCCGUGCGCUGCGAUCCCGUCAUCCACAGGCGAGAGGAAGGAGAGAGGAAGCAGAGAGGAAGCAGAGAGGAAGCAGAGAGCAAACACACGGCAGCCAUGGUGAAGCUGGGCAGUAAUCUGUCCGAGAAGCUGGAGAAGCAGCCGUCUGCGGACGACGGCUUUGAUAACAUUCCCCUCAUCACGCCCCUGGAAGUCAACCAGCUCCAGCAGUCGUUCGCUGACAAGAUCAUUGUCAAGACAUCGACACAGUACCAGCUGCAGCAGAAGAAGAAAAACAAGCUGUACGUGCCAAAUAUCAAGAAACUGAAUAUUAACUUCUACAGUGAUGUUUCAGAGAAAGUUAAGAUCACAGGUCUGAUCCUCAUCACUUUGGCCUUCUUGACCAGCCUACUCCUCCUGCUCAUGUACAAAGCAAUGUGGUACGACCAACUUACCUGCCCAGAGGGUUUUAUCCUCAAGCAGAAGCACUGCUCCCCGACAGCUCUGGAGAUGUACUUCACAGAGCAGCAGCAGCAGCAGCAGGAGGAGCCAGGCAUCCACGGUGGCACCAACACUGGGCUGUACGCUGCUCUCAGCCACCUCAACCAGGUCAAGAGGCCUGGACCUGAGCUGCCAUCACCAUGGUUACCAGUCAUCAGCUCUCUAAAGGAGGCCGAGGUGGCUAAGCAAGGCAGCGAGCCACUGAAAAGAGCGCUGGAGUGAGAGGAGUGAAAGGUCUGAUGGAGAUGUAGGUUAUAGAAGAGGACGUGAUGGGCUCCUACACCCUAAAAGUGUUUGAAUAUCUUGAAUCGACAAAUUUUGAAUCGACAACGUAAAGCACAUCUUUACGCAGCUUAAUUCCAGUUAUGUUAAGUUGAUAUUUAAUAGCUAGUAAAUGAUAUUUAAAAGCUAAUACGUGUGUGUGUGUGUGUGUGUGUGUGUGCAUGCGUGCAUGCAUGUGUGCGUGCGUGUGUGUGAGUUACUGUGGUUAGAGGCAGGCAUGUUAUUAAAGUGUUGGGGAAUGUGGCUGACUUUUGCAGUGUUACUGAGUCACCAGUAAACACCUCCAUCUGCAUUCUGUGUGUGUGCACAUAUACACACUGUAAAGCUCAUAUUUACAUUCAUAUGCAGUGUGUGAGUGUGUGUGCAUACACUGAAUGAUUGUGUACUUGUCGGAGAAAGUUGGAAGUAGGAGAAGAGAAGCGAGGUGAGAGCUCUGAGCGAGAAGGGAAGAUAACAAGUUUUUAAUGAGAUCUGUUGGAGUUUCUCCUCAUCGCUCCAUCUUGUUAUCUCACCGUCUGUUCAUUUAGUCUUAGAGGGGAGUGUAUGAGAUCAGCAGUGAAUGUGCUCAGACUUCAGCCAUUAAAACAAGGAGCUAUAAUUGUCGAUUUUAAUAUUUGAUUCUACAUCUUAUCAGCCCACGACUGCAAAUUACAGUUCUGUAAAAUGAAAGUCAAGUGAAAGUAUUACUCUUACAUACCAAGCGACUCGAGUUACACAACCACAAGCAGUCUGUGUGCUUUAAAGCAGACUUACACUGUGACUCUGGAAAGUAUCCGCUAGUAAAUCGAAUCAAUUUUUAAUUAAAUCUACUAAAUGAUAAAGUGUGCAGCAAUUAAAGAGAACUGCAUACUUUCCAUAGCCACUGCACAAGUCUCCAUUUGAAACAUCUUUUUCAUAGUGUGUGUGCUGCCUACUGUAAUUAUGGAUAAAACUUGAGACGUUAAUGUAUUGUUUAAAAAAAUGUCUUAAUAAUAUAUGUUUAUGUGUAAACUUAUGUGUAAAACUAGCAAAUGAAGCUCCACCCACGUUCAGUUACUAGUUCUGUCUAUGUAAGUAUUUUUAACUGUAAUGAUCACAGGGUUACUGUGAUCCUUGAAUGUAUGAAGUAACUUCUUUGAUAAUGCAAGAUCUACUAUAAUCAUUGCUUAUAAUGUACGACCUAUAGUCUGUACAAUUUUCUAUUUAUUUCUAUUCAUGUGUUUUGUUUGUGUCUUUUGAAUGGAAAACCAGUGUUUGCAAAUGUUGUUAGUAUUCUGUUCCAGGCCAUCAUAUUCAUUUCAGAGGGCGGAAAAACAAUAAUGUGAAGUUCUUCUUUUAAACACAAACACACACGUUGUUUUUUAAUAAUCAGAAAUAACCCACUGUUACCUGGCAAGUCUUGUCAUUUGUCUCGAUUCACAUUUUGACCUUUUCUCUUUGUCUUACAAUGUUUUAAAAAACAAAACUCUUCAUGUGAGAAGGGAUGAAUGUGAAGCGCAGCACAGUCUGUCCCCUGAGUCCAAGUGCCAAACAUUUACAUCAGACCCAUCUGCUCUGAUGUCACCGACUGAACACAAAUAAAAGCCUGAAGUGUUGAGCUCUGUCGUUGACUAUCAGCCCUCUUGAUUUAGAUUCACUGCCUCUGUAAUGACUUAAUGAUUCAAUAAUGGCUGAUGAAAUACUGGUGUUUAAAUGAUUCAUGAGAACCUGACAACUAACAUCAGCAUAGCGUCAGUAGCUGAAUGAAGCUCUAGGUCAUAUGUGAAUUCAUUCAACAGCAUAAAGGCAGGUUGUAAAAAUAUAUAAUCUGUAUCUACAUGUUACUGUAUUUCAGAAAUAAAUUGAGAACUUUAUGUUGAUAACAUAAGUUUUAUGAAAACAAAAGGAAGUACU